CGGAGGACAGCAGUGCGGCUGACAUGGAUAUUCUCUUUCCUCUGAGUGUUAUUGAUACAGAGCUGUGCCCCAGCCCCGUUCCCCAGAUCAUCCAUCUCAUCCUCUUCGUUGGGUUUAGCCUGGUGUUCCUCAUCAUCUUAAGCCCCUACUUUCCCAGGGAGCCGUCCUCAGUGCCUCCCAGAGAGGAGAACAGCGAGAAUGCUAAAGCUGAAGUGGGGAAAUGGCUCAGGAUCGGAAAUAAAUACGUCACCUGGAAAGCUUGCAGAAGUCUCUUGAAAGAACUGGAGAACCUUGAGUUCUACACUUUCCUGUCGAAAAAGUGCCUGAGGAAGCUCCUUGUUGAGGGCAGCUCCCAGCACGUUCCACGCCAAGCCCGCUCGGGGUCAGUGUACAAACGAACAUCUGUGAGGAACCACCGGCCACGUGGGGGGCGUGGGAAAGCUUCUCCCACCAGCUUCCAUGUGUCCCCACGGGCUCCCCCGGCUCCUCUGGCCUCCGCGCCGUCAUCAGUCCCGAAGACCUCUGUAGGGUCCUUUGAGUCUCUGUCAUCCCUGAGCUCCUCCAAGUCACCAGAGCCUUUGUGUCCCCUGAAGCAGCCUUCACAGGAGCCACCUGCGAGCACCCUAUCACCAAACACGACCACCUCCGCAGAAUCCUUGGGGUAUCUGUCAUCCCUCAGCUCCUCCCAGCAACCAGAGCCUUUGCAUCCCCUGGAGUGUCCUUCAUCCAAGCCACGUGGGCGUUCCUUUCCCCGACGACGGAAUCCUGGCUGGGUGUCCUGGACCGACUCCACGCAGGCUGAUUCCGAAACUGACGCCACAAUAUGCCCAAUGUGCAAGGCCCCUGCGCACUCCUGUCGACACAGCUGGUGGGUGCCUUCUAGCCCUCGAGUGAUCCGAGGUGUUGGUCGCCGCAGUGAUCUCGACCUGGGCCUCUCCUGGAGGCAGGAGGCUGCUAGAGCCUGGUGCCUCUGCACCUCCUCGCAGUACGCAUUCGAGCACCUUAAUCUUCCCACCCACCUACCAAAGGCUUCCUUCUAGGGAGACCCCACAUGCGGGCAGGUGGAGGCAGGGACCCCACUUCCCUCAGCUUGGAGGUGCCAACGCUGCUGGACGCACAAGACACCAAAAUCCCAGACACUCCCAUGGACACCGCACAUCCGACAUCCACGAACAACUCGGAAUCUCCUGA